AGCAUCGAGUGUGAGGCCCCAUGGCUCUAUAAAAUCCUCUGGAACCGCUGGCAUUGGAUCUCAGAAUCUCAACCACUCCCCUUUCUUCUGAUUUCAAUUCGUCCUACUCUUCCUUUUUAAUCGCCUCUUGUUUUCAGAGAGGAAUUUGGUGUGAAAUAUGGCGAACAGGAAUCUGGAGAAGUUGGCAUCAAUUGAUGCGCAGCUUCGGAUGUUAGUACCAGCCAGAGUGAGCGAGGAUGAUAAAUUAGUGGAGUAUGAUGCGUUGUUACUGGAUCGAUUCCUUGACAUUCUUCAGGAUUUACAUGGGGAGGAUCUGAAGGAAACUGUGCAAGAAUGUUAUGAACUGUCGGCGGAAUACGAAGGGAUGCACGAUCCGAAGAAACUUGAGGAGCUUGGAAAUGUGUUGACUAGUUUAGAUCCAGGGGACUCUAUAGUGAUUGCUAAGUCUUUCUCCCAUAUGCUUAACUUGGCUAACUUGGCUGAGGAGGUUCAGAUUGCUUAUCGUCGAAGGAUUAAACUGAAGAAGGGUGAUUUUGCUGAUGAGAACUCUGCAACCACUGAAUCUGAUAUUGAGGAAACUUUGAAGAAGCUUGUGGGUGAUUUGAAUAAGUCCCCUCAAGAAGUUUUUGAUGCCUUGAAGAACCAAACUGUAGAUUUGGUCUUGACUGCUCAUCCUACUCAAUCAGUUCGUAGAUCUUUGCUUCAGAAGCAUGCAAGGAUAAGGGAUUGUUUAGUCCAAUUGUACGCCAAAGACAUUACUCCUGAUGACAAGCAAGAGCUUGAUGAGGCGCUUCAGAGAGAGAUUCAAGCUGCAUUUCGUACUGAUGAAAUCCGUAGGACUCCUCCUACCCCACAAGAUGAAAUGAGGGCAGGAAUGAGCUACUUCCACGAGACGAUUUGGAAGGGUGUUCCUAAAUUUCUGCGCCGUGUUGAUACUGCUUUGAAGAAUAUUGGAAUUGACGAACGUGUUCCUCAUAAUGCUCCGCUUAUUCAGUUUUCAUCCUGGAUGGGUGGUGACCGUGAUGGUAAUCCUAGGGUGACACCGGAGGUUACGAGGGAUGUCUGUCUUCUUGCUAGAAUGAUGGCUGCUAAUCUGUACUACUCACAGAUUGAGGAUCUCAUGUUUGAGUUGUCUAUGUGGCGAUGCAAUAGCGAGCUUCGUGAACGUGCAGACAUGCUUCAUAAUUCAUCAAGGAGAGAUGCAAAACACUAUAUAGAAUUUUGGAAGCAAGUUCCUGGCAAUGAACCGUACCGGGUGAUUCUUGGCGAUGUGAGGGACAAGCUUUAUCAAACACGUGAACGUUCUCGCCAUUUGUUAGCACAUGGACACUCAGACAUCCCCGAGGAUGCGACUUUUACGAAUGUCGAGCAGUUCUUGGAACCUCUUGAACUAUGCUACCGAUCCCUCUGUGGUUGUGGCGACCGUGCAAUUGCUGAUGGCACCCUUCUUGAUUUUUUGAGGCAAGUGUCCACUUUUGGUCUGUCACUUGUAAGGCUCGACAUCAGGCAAGAGUCGGAUCGUCACACCGAUGUCUUGGAUGCCAUUACUCAGCAUUUGGAACUCGGUUCGUACAAAGAAUGGUCUGAAGAACAGCGACAAGAGUGGCUUUUAUCUGAACUCAGUGGCAAACGUCCUCUUUUUGGUCCUGAUCUUCCUAAAACUGAAGAAAUAUCUGAUGUUUUGAACACAUUCCACGUAAUAGCCGAGCUUCCUUCGGAUAACUUUGGUGCAUAUAUCAUUUCCAUGGCCACCGCUCCAUCCGAUGUUUUGGCAGUCGAGCUCUUGCAACGUGAAUGCCAUGUUAUGCAACCAUUGAGAGUUGUUCCGCUGUUCGAGAAGCUUGCAGAUUUGGAGGCUGCACCAGCAGCCCUUGCUCGCCUCUUCUCGAUAGAUUGGUACAGAAAUCGGAUUAACGGAAAGCAAGAAGUCAUGAUUGGCUACUCGGAUUCUGGCAAAGACGCUGGACGGUUCUCUGCAGCCUGGCAGUUGUAUAAGGCUCAAGAAGAGCUUAUAAAGGUUGCUAAGCAAUAUGGUGUGAAGCUAACUAUGUUUCAUGGUCGUGGUGGCACUGUUGGAAGAGGAGGUGGACCAACUCAUCUUGCUAUUUUGUCCCAACCACCUGAGACGGUUCACGGUUCGCUCCGUGUAACGGUACAGGGUGAAGUUAUUGAGCAAUCCUUUGGAGAGGAGCACUUGUGUUUUAGAACACUCCAACGUUUCACUGCUGCAACGCUUGAGCACGGUAUGCACCCUCCAGUUUCACCAAAACCCGAAUGGCGUGCACUGAUGGAUGAAAUGGCCGUUGUCGCUACAGAGGAAUAUCGUUCAAUUGUCUUCAAAGAACCACGAUUCGUGGAGUAUUUCCGCCUUGCAACACCAGAGCUGGAGUAUGGUAGGAUGAAUAUUGGUAGUCGUCCAUCGAAGCGAAAGCCCAGUGGCGGUAUCGAGUCACUUCGUGCAAUCCCGUGGAUUUUCGCAUGGACGCAGACGAGGUUCCAUCUACCAGUUUGGUUAGGCUUUGGGGCCGCAUUCAAGCAUAUUAUCCAGAAAAACGUUAAGAACCUUCACAUGUUGCAGGAGAUGUACAACGAAUGGCCAUUCUUUAGGGUCACCAUCGAUUUGGUUGAAAUGGUGUUCGCCAAAGGAGACCCUGGCAUCGCAGCUUUGUACGACAAGCUCCUAGUUUCGGAGGACCUCUGGUCGUUUGGAGAGCGGUUGAGAGCCGACUACGAAGAAACGAAGAGCCUUCUACUACAGAUUGCUGGGCACAGAGAUCUUCUUGAAGGGGAUCCUUCCUUGAAGCAAAGACUCCGUCUCCGUGACUCGUACAUCACGACUCUGAACGUGUGCCAAGCAUACACAUUGAAACGAAUCCGUGAUCCGAACUACAACGUGCAAGUUCGUCCACACAUUUCAAAGGAAAUAAUGGAAGGAACCAAACCAGCAGAUGAACUCAUUCAACUAAACCCGAUGAGCGAUUACGCACCGGGGCUAGAGGACACACUCAUCUUGACCAUGAAGGGUAUUGCUGCUGGACUUCAGAACACCGGUUAAACAUGAGCCAUUAUAUAUGUAGUCUAUGCCCAUUGUUGUUUCAUUUACUGGUUUCUAAAUUGGCAUGAAAGAUAAGGCUCAUAAUUUGUGCAUCAGAAGUUAGAUGUUGUUUAAGUUAAUCCAGCUUUUGAUUGAGCGGCUCUUGAGUGUGGCCGGUGGAUUAUGCUGUUAUCUUAAAAAUGUAUACGCAUUGUUGUACCGUAAAUGAGGGUACGGAGAUUUGAACCUCUGAGCUACGCUCUGUUUGGCUCUUUACGAAUGUAUUUGAAAUUUGAAUAAUUGUGUGGGUUGAAAUCAAAAUGGCCAUCAAUUA